AGGAAACUUCCCAUCAUCUUUAUCCAACUGUAUCUUUUGCGGAUACUUUGUAGCGAAGAACGGAUCAGAUAUUUUCUGUUCCUGUUUGGAAAUGAAGGACAUAUUCACUCCAGAUUAAAAAGGCGCACCUUUUUUAUGACUUUACUCACUCGUUUAUUUCUUUUUUAACUAAUCGAUCAGAGUUACAACUUUUGCAGCUUUUGCUUGAUUUUGCCGGAGUUUUGACACCCGCAUGAUGGCCGAUAACAAGCACCCGCACGUUAUUUUCUGCAACGACUCGCCCAAAAGAGUGCUGGUGUCCGUUAUCAAGACCACGCCGAUCAAACCGAGGAAAGCGGAGGCGCUGACCCCGACAAGUCCCGGUUUCAGCGACUUCAUGGUCUACCCAUGGAAAUGGGGGGAGAACGCCCACAAUGUGACCCUGAGCCCGGGCUCAGUGAGCGGCGCCUCGUCCCCUACCGGAACCCAGACGGCCAGGGAGGCAGACGCGGAUACUUCACCGGACCAAAUCAGGGAUGGCAUCCGCAGAGGGCGUCCACGGGCUGACACUGUCCGAGAGCUCAUAAGCGAGGGGGAGACUUCAUCCAGCCGUAUUCGUUGUAACAUCUGCAACCGAGUGUUUCCCAGAGAGAAGUCUCUCCAGGCUCAUAAGAGGACACACACAGGAGAGAGGCCCUACCUGUGUGACUACCCAAACUGUGGGAAGGCGUUUGUCCAGAGCGGCCAGCUGAAGACGCACCAGCGGCUGCACACUGGGGAAAAACCCUUUGUUUGCUCAGAGAAAGGAUGUGGCAAUCGGUUCACGCAUGCCAACCGUCACUGUCCCAAGCAUCCUUUCUCCCGUCUGAAGAGAGAGGAACCAAAGGAGGGCCAGGGGAAGGCUCAGUCUGUGGAUAACAAGGCUGUGGCAGAGUGGCUGGCAAAGUACUGGCGAACCCGUGAGCAACGCGCCCCAACAACCACCAAGGUGAAGCCACAGGGCAAGGCGAGAGCAGAAGACCAGGAGCAGCAGGAUCCCAUGGAGUUCCUCCAGUCGGAUGAAGAGAACGGUGAAGAGGAAGAGAUGGCAGAGGAGGAGAAGGGCAGUCAGGGAGGAGCCGCCAAGCGCCGCCUCCAGGAACAACGAGAGCGUCUCCACGGUGCUCUGGCACUCAUUGAGCUGGCCAACAACCUGUCGGCCUGAACACCCACUUCCCAAUCCCAGAUUCCCCUCCCAUGCCCCUCAUAUUUCCAUGACCAACCCGCCUUCCUGCAGUUUGUGCUGAAGCUAGAAAAAAGUUCAUAAAUGCAGAUCAACGACUAGUUUAGUUUAUUCUUUUAAGUUGAGAAACGAGACUUUGAGAAAGAGCUGAAUUGGCCUGAGAUCAGUGUUAUGCACAGCGUCAUCUACCCCCCCCUCACAGCACCAGGAAGGCACAAGCUAAAGCACCUUACUCAGCUUCCAAUUUAUCCUUUUAGGCUGCUAUAAUUGUAGAUUUGAAUAUAUGAAGAAUGUCUUUCUUUCUGCUUGUCUUCUAAAGGCAAAGAAAGAGUACCUAUUGUUUUUUAAUUUGUUUUGUUUGCACUUUGAUGGUAACGAGUUUUUUUGAGUGUUUUGUGAGUGUGUAUGACUGAUGUAUAUAUGGAUUAAGCUCAGACGGACAGAGUGAUACAGGGUGUGGUCAAACAUAGGAAAAGUUGCAUUCCAACUGUCAGAUAGCCUCUCAUAAUGCUCCCAGGUUUCAUCUCCAGCUUUGUAAGCACAAUUUCACCGCCACCGGUGACAGAAAUGGACUGAUAAAAGAUAGUUUAAGCCUCGCCUGCACAGCAUGCUCCAAGAAGCGUGCGCAGGUGGGCAAGAGGAGACAAUACAAGUCCGGGAGCUGGAUCAGUCUGGCGCGCAACAUGGUCAUUUUUAAAUGCGAACGAGAGGUGAUCAUUGCAAGCCUAAUCCAGAGGUCUGGUUAGGCACAAGAUUUUUUUAAAAAAAAAAAAUCAAAACUUUGACAGCUUCACUACUUCAUCAUUACAUACACAUAAUUGUUUCCACACAGGAAGAGUUCACCUCAACCUAUCUACUGCCUUACAGAUUUACUUAAAGGUCUAGCGUGUCAGAUUUAGGGGGAUAUAUUGGCAGAAAUUGGAUGGAAUAAAAGUAUGUUUUUUAUUUAGUGUAUAAUCACCCGAAGAUGAGAAUUUCUUCACUUAUGUUACUUUAGUAGGAGCCGUUUAUAUCUACAUAGUGUCAGAAAAACUGAUUUUUAAGUGCGUAACUGCUUUUUUUUUUUUUUUUUUUUUUUGCUGUUUUAGCCAUUUAAAUCACCCAGUCUACAUAUUUUGGAAGGCUCAUCUGUAUCUUAUGUUACCAGAGAAAAAAAAGAUGAGCAGGUUUAAACAAUUCUUAUCACUGGUUCUGUCAAUUUUGGAGAGGAGGAGGCCUCUGCAGAUAAUUUGACCCUUGGUAAAAACCUCUAACAUUUGUAUCUAAAAUUAUCAGAGAAAAGGGUGAGCACACAUUAGCAGGUGCUGUGGCAGCAGCCUGUCUCUGAUAUGCCAAACAGCAUCAGAGAAACCCUGUUUUGUAAUGUAAAACAUUCAUUUUAAAUCACCCGGUCCAUUUGUUUUU